GGGAUAUUGAACCAGCGCAACUUUCCAAAUUUGGCGUUGCUUUGGUUUACCAAGCUUAUUAUUUUUAUAUCGAUUUUUAGAUGAGUAGUGUAUAGUUUGCUCGAUACUAUGGAUUUAGACGUAGGCCUUGUUUCACCGGAUAUACAAAUGGGAGAAGUUUAUGAAGUUUUGAGAUCUUCUGGCCAAUACUAUCCUGCAACUAUAAUCGAAAGCCGUAUAAAUGGUGCUGGAAAUAAAGAAUAUUAUGUACAUUAUUGUAAUCAGGAUCGCAGACUUGAUGAAUGGGUGACAGAGGAACGAAUUAAUUAUUCUGCAAAGCUAAAAUCUUCUGAAUCUAUUGAUUAUUUGUCAAAUUCUAUUGGAAAUGAUAUUAGAUUUACCAGGAAUCAAAAACGCAAGUUAAAAGAAACGACUAAAGUUCAUCAGGAAAGUGAUUCUUUGGAUUCAACUACACAAAAAUUAGAACUUGAACAUCAAGAGUUCACUCGUGUUAAAUUCAUUGAUCAAAUACAAUUUGGCAAAUAUGAAAUUGAUACAUGGUAUUUCUCCCCAUAUCCAGAAGAGUGUAGACAAGUGAAAAAAUUAUGGAUAUGUGAAUAUUGUUUAAAAUAUAUGAAAUAUUGUGAAACAUGGUUAAAACAUGUCCAGUAUAAUUGUAAAAUGAAACAACCACCUGGUAAAGAAAUUUAUAAUCACGGGAAUCUUUGCGUUUAUGAAUUGGAUGGAAAUGUACAAAAGCUUUAUUGUCAAAAUUUAUGCCUAUUGGCCAAGUUAUUUUUGGAUCAUAAAACAUUAUACUAUGAUGUCUCACCAUUUGUAUUUUAUGUCCUCUGUGAAACUGACAAUGAAGGCGUACAUCUUGUCGGCUACUUUUCUAAGGAAAAAGUAUCAGCCGAUAAUUAUAAUCUUGCGUGUAUUUUAACAUUGCCACCGUUUCAAAGACGAGGUUAUGGGCAUUUUUUAAUCAGUCUUAGUUAUGAAUUAGCAAAGAUUGAACAAGUUGUCGGUACACCAGAGAAACCAUUAUCCGAUUUAGGUCGUCUGAGUUAUCGUAGUUAUUGGGAGAAGGUUAUCUUGAAUUAUUUUCUAGAGCAUUCAGAUUGUACUAUGAAUGAAAUAAGUACAAAUACCUGUAUUGCUAUUGAUGAUAUAAUUUGGACAUUACAAAAUCAUCCGGUGAUUACAAACUGGCAAUAUGGUCAGCAUAUACACAUACAACGUGAUAUUGUCCAACAAUAUCUUGACCAGUUGAAUGAACAACACUCAGCUAAAUUGCAUUUUCAUACAGAUGGUAGUAAACAUCGAAAAGUUAAUAAAAAUUCUUAUCUUCUUGAUAUUAGUCAUUUGAAAUGGGAACCACCAGUAAAAAGAAAUAACAAUAAUAAUAAUACUAAAGAAGUUAAGUGUAAUUGAAUGAGUAGCACAGUUGUUACUUGCAUUUGCUUCUUCUUCAGAGAGAGACAGAAAGCCAUUAUCUUCUCAGUAUAUUAUUGUUUUUACACAUAAAUUAAUAACAUCAUUGAGUUUUCUUUUUUUUUCAAAAAAAACCCCCACUUUUUUAUGUUAUCUAUUUUGAUACAUGAUGAUUCCUUGUUGAUUAUUUAUUUCUCAUUUAAUAUACUACUUAUUUCUAUUUUUAUUAAGAUUUUCCUGGUGUUUGUGUAUGUG